AUGAAGGGAUUCGCUGUGAACGGUCAAUCGUCGCGUCAGCAUGCGUUGCUGCUGUUACUGCCUGUAUUGCUGCUCGUCGGAUCCGUCGCCGGGGAGAUCGAGAGACGAACGUCGAAGCAGAUGGUCGAGGAAUCCCCGGAGACCCUGGCUUCGAAUUUGAGCAAAGACUGCGGCAAGUCCUACAGCGCCACGUGCCUCAAACUGGACGUGGUGUCCUUCCUGGACAGGCUGUCUGAGCAGGAGGACAUCAACAUCUUGCCAGGAGUAUCCGUGAUCAAGGAGAACGGAUCUGCCAACGUCCCACCCUCCGAGGUGGUUGCCAAUCUGGCCAGAGACUUCCCCAACGAUGUGGAAAAGAGGCUCGACGCUUAUCUGGUUCACAAAGUCGGAAGUUACCUGAACAGCCACUCGAUCUCGAUUAAGCUCUUCGAUCCGAGGACAUUCGAGGCUGCCAGGAGCUUCAACGAGGAGACGAUGGCGCAACUCGGUCUCAGUAAUGGACAGAACAUUGAAACUGGUCGUAAAAAGGGGAAUCGUGGCGGCGGCCUGAUGGCCGGUCUUCUAAUGAUGAAGGGCACCCUGGGUGCAAUCGGUUUCGGUGCUCUCGCCCUGCUGGCUGGCAAAGCUCUGAUGACCGGUCUGAUGGCUCUGAUGCUGUCUGCCAUCGUCGGUCUGAAAUCGCUCGCCCACCACGGCGAGAAGAAGACCACCUACGAAAUCGUCAGCAAGCCGGUGUACACGAGCUCUCAUACGCACAGUUCGGAGGAGCACCACGGCCAUGGAUACGGCCACUCCGGUUAUGGAAGAUCCUUGGACACGAUCCAUGAUACAGUUCAGCAGGCAGUCCUGAAGUAUGGAAACGCGCGGGACCGCCGGUCGCUGUUCCGGCAAAACUAA